AAGCAAUGGCUGAACUCUGUCGAAAGUUAUACCAAAGUAUUUUAAAAUCAGUCGAAUCAAACGAAGAUUUGCAAAAAUAUUCGGUGAUUUUUUCGACCAUUUUAACCGAAAAGAUCAACAGAUACGAAAGAAAAUUUCAAGCGCUUUUGAAUGAGGCGGGUGUGAUUUUGCAAAAUAAAAAUCUUUCGAACGAUGAUUCCGAAUUGAUCAACAAAGAAACUCUCAACUGCCAUGACGAUGGCAUUGAAGAAACGGUAGAUGGAGACAAAUCAUUUGAACAAAAUCUGAUGACCGAUUACGAUAAGAAUGUACGGAACAUGGUGGAAAGUAUUUUUCAGGAUACCGUAAAAAGUAAAAAGAUGUCCAACGAAAUGAAGAACGAAAACAAUGGCGAGGACUUAGUCAUUGACGCAGAAACUGACAUUGAAAGCGAAAGCGAUGGUAGCCAAGUAAUCGAUGACAAUUUUGUAAACCAACAAACACAACAUUUGAUGAUCGAAGCAGUCCAACAACAGCUAAAUUUUCAACAAAGUUCCGAUCCAGAAAACGGUAUCGGCAGCUCAAUGAAUCUCGUCCAAAGAUUCGAAGUCCGAAUUGAAGAAAAAACCAUUGUGACAACCACCAAAACAGAGGAACGGUGUGACACUUCAGAAGAAGAAAUAGCUGUGGCUGAAUCUAACAAUAAAAAACAUAAAUUACUAGAACAAUUCGACAAAAAAACGAAGUUGAAACGACGGAAGAGCGAACAUCAAUUUGUAUCAGGUAUCAAUGGAAUGACUUCAACACCACAAGCACCGGUACACGAGAAAGCCAUGAAAAAACGACACUCAAGCGCACGUAAAACAAUCGAUUCGCAAAUCGAAUUGGAAAAAAUUCGAAAAACUAACCAGAACAAACAACCUAAGAAUCCGGAUCGUAAUCGUCGAUCUUCAUCUGAUAUCGAGCCAUCGUUGAAAAAAGACAAGACGGCGAAUCCCAAAGCAUCGGUCUACGAAAAAGCCAUGAAAAAGCGACAGUCAAAUGCACGUAAAAGAAUUGAUGGCAUCAAACCGUCGUCGGUGGAAGGAAAUGGAAUGAAUUCAACACCGCAAGCAUCGGUCCACGAAAAAGCCAUGAAAAAACGACACUCAAGCGCACGGAAAACAAUCGAAUCGCGAAGCGAAUUGGAAAAAUGCAAUAAAACGGCUUCGAAUACACAAGCACGAAUGUCGAUUGGAUCGUUGGAUAAAUUGCAAAACCAGCAAAAAGAAAACAAAAGCAAACAGUUAAAGAAUACGGAUCCUAAAAUAUAUGCCAAAAAUAGUUUGCAUGGUAAAUUUUGUCAACUUUGUAACAAAAACGAACGUUACUUGGUAAACCACUAUAUGAAUCAGCAUCCAGACAGUGAAGUGAUGAUCAGCAGACCCUCGCCAACAAUGGCCAAACGUUUGCUUUCUCAAAAGGAUACAUUCAGCAUUGAUGGAAUGAAAAUUCUUGGUUUUUGCUUCUUUUGCGAAGAAUGGAAGAACAUGACAAGAUGCAAAUGGGCAGAGCAUAUUUUGACCCAUACUGGUGAGAAGUUAUUCAGGUGCUCGGUGUGCUAUUUUGAAUCGAAACGAAAACUUGAACACAAAAAUUGCAAAAGCGAACCGGUCAACAUUUAUGAGUCGAAUACAAGCGACAGUGCAUUGAUGGGCUUUAUUUGCAAAAAAUGUAAUUACUUACAAGUAAAACGCGAACGAAUGGUGAAGCACAUGGUUAAACAGCACAAGUACCCCGAAGUCAAUGAGGGCGUUGAAUACGAAAAGAUAAUGCUGAUUCCAGAUCUGAAGGCCGUCGAUUCAGCCUUACAAUGGUCAUUUCAUGACUAUAUUGCACCGGCACAGAUUUUCAAAUGUGCAAUUUGUUUCAAGAAAUUACAAAAUGCUGAAGCAUUCGAAGAUCAUUUUGAUAGAGAACAUUACCAAUCCUUUACACAUUACAAAUGCGUUUGCGGAGAAAUGAUAUUUAUCGAGGGUUUGACACUUACAGGCGGUUUUAUUUGUGCACAUUUGAAAAUGCACAGUGCCAAAAUUGAUAUGUAUCAAUGCAUGAUGUGUGACAAAGAAGGAGAGUUCGACAAUAAGACAGACAUUGAAGACCACUUGUUGAAUGACCAUGCUGAUUGUCAAUUCAAAUACCGACACUUUCAUCGUGACCCAGAUACCAAAGAAACAAGCAUCACCGAAAUGACAACCACGAAAAUCGUUUGCGAAAUCUGCAGUGAAGAUUUCAAGGAUGCCAGAUUUGCUGUUGCAAUCGAUCAUUUCGAACGGAAUCACCCAGAGGAAGGCAUAAAUUUGUACGGAAGUUCAACCAAAAAGAUCACUCAAAUGGCAAAAAAGAUAACUACCAACAGAACAAGCUACUGCGGUGCCGAAUAUUUCACGGUUCGAAUCAACUGAACAUUUUAUGCUUCGAAUUUCUCAAAAUUCAUUCAAAACACAAAAUUCAUUGAGUUGUCACAAAAUUGAAAUGUCCCUUUGUAACAUCUGAGAUGAUCAAUCAGCUCAAUUCAAGAUUAUUGAAUACACCAUAAAACUAUUUUCUUACCUUUUUGAUUAAGGAGACUAUAAUCGUAAUUAAUUCCAUUAAGAUUCAACUAAAAAAACUUUU